AUGUUGCUGUUGCUUGUUUUCCUUAUGGUUCUGCCUCUCUUUCUUCUUUGGAAACACAGAGUCAAUGGGGGAAAACUCCUUCCACCAGGUCCUCCAGGGCUUCCCUUGAUUGGAAACUUGCAUCAGCUUGAGAGAUCAGCCACUCACAGAUACCUAUGGCAUCUCUCUAAACAAUACGGCCCCCUCAUGUUCUUGCGCCUCGGUUUUGAGCCAAUCCUGGUGGUUUCUUCUCCAAGAACGGCAGAAGUCAUGAAAACACAUGAUCCUGAAUUUUCUAGCAGGCCUUCCUUACUUGCCCUGCAAAAACUAUCCUACAAUGGUCUAGAUUUGGCUUUUGCCUCCUACGGAACAGAUACAGUUACAGCUACUAUGGUUUGGACGAUGACAGCUCUGAUGAAGAACCCUAGAGUGAUGAAGAAAGCACAAAAAGAAGUCAGAACUUUAGUUGGGGAGAAGUGUUUUGUGGAUGAAGAUGAUAUUCAAAAGCUUACUUAUAUGAAGGCAUUGGUGAAGGAAAUCAUGAGAUUGUAUCCUGCAGCACCCUUGCUAAUCCCUCGAGAAACACUUCAAAAGUGCAAUAUAGAUGGGUAUGAGAUACCGAGCAAAACCCUAGUGUUUGUCAAUGCAUGGGCAAUUGGAAGAGAUCCUGAAUCCUGGGAAAACCCAGAAGAGUUCAUGCCUGAGAGAUUUUUGGGUACUUGUAUCGACUUCAAAGGACAAGAUUAUAAGCUGAUACCAUUUGGGGCCGGCCGGAGAAUAUGGCCAGGGAUGAAUCUUGGAGCUGUGACAGUAGAGCUUGCACUCGCUAAUCUUCUUUACUCAUUUGACUGGGAAAUGCCUGCUGGCAUGAAGAUGGAAGAUAUAGAUACCGAUGCAAAACCUGGUCUUACCAUGACAAAGAAAAAUGAUCUCUACCUUGUGGCUAGGAAUUAUAUUUAACAUAUGGGCAGUCAUAUAAUACAUGUUCUUAUGUAAUAAUUAUCUAAGACAAUGUCAUUUUGA